GGCUUGGGAAACUUCCCUGCUACUCCAGUUCCUGUUAGUGUUGCUUGCUGGUAUGCUGUCAGAGGGUCAUCCCUAAUAUUUGCAGAAAAGAAGGUUCAACGUACUCAAGAGCGGCUUCUUCAGUUUAGGCAUAUAUUCAAGUAUUUAUCAACCAUAGCACAGGAAUCAGGAAUACUCUUCAGCUCAAAGGAUGUGGAGCAAAGGGUGAAGAAUCUGAACCUGCUGAAGAUAAUUUUCAAUGCUGCCAAGUAUAACCUGGAAUAUGCAACUAAGCUGGUUCUGGCUGCUUCUCAUGAAACUCACCAGCUGACAAUGAAUGAUUCAUUCUAUUCUUUCAGCAAUGAUGAAAACAGAUUCAUUGUGUAUGACACUUUGCUUUCACCAGAGAAGUCACCAGAUCCACACUUACCUAAG